AAAGAGGGGGAAGAAAAGUUGGGAGUAAAUGAAAUGAAUUGGACAGUCAAGAUUGGAGCAAUCAGAAGAAUCUGAGAGAGCCACUAAAGUCAGCGAUCAUGACAUGAAAGAAAGCACAAAUCUUACAUUAUUGAUUAAAAAAAAAUUUAUUUUCUUGGAGAAAUAGAGAGAUGGGAAGCAAGAGUGGAAGAUGAUCUGGGUUUGUGGAGCAUGGACCCUAACCACCACUACAAAAACAGGGGGAGGGAGAGGGAAGGCUCUGGUGAUACUGGUCAUCGAUCAAUCAAUCAUCAUCUUCCACCACCACCACCACCGCGACCACGAUUUCCAGCCACUAAUAGCCGCCCCCCCAUUUCCCAAAAAGUAAACGCUAUAAAGAUAUUCAUAUUUUUCAUCAUCAGAAAGGAUAAACCAACACCCUGUUUCCACCUAUUAGCUUUCUUUCGCCCUUUAUAUUAUUUUUUUUUUGUUAAUAAUUAUGGUUCCCCCAUCAUAAUAUCGACGACUCAACAUCAGUCACGCCCGCACGCACUUUCUCCCUCUCUUUUGGUCUCUCUGUGCUCUUUUUUUUUUUUUUUUUUUUGCCUUCUUUUGGAGAGGUCAAUGGUGGGGUGUUCUUCACUUCAAUCUGAAAUCUUUCAUACCCCCUGAUCGGAUAACGAUGUACUUGGCCUUGGCCGCCCCUUUCUCCUCCACCUAAUGUCUUGUCUGGUUUGGUUCCUCUGAUCAAUUAAUACGAUGAUGAUGGUAGAUUCAAGGCCUGGUCGAUUCUUAUUUCUCCUCCCUUUCGUGGUCCUUCAGUUGUUGCUGUUGCCAUCACUCUGUUAUUGCCAGACCCAGGUCAGCUGCAAUAUAGACGAUCGUAAUUCUCUCUUGUCUUUGUAUCUGAACGUAUCAUCGUCAACAGCAAGGCCUUUGAAUUGGUCUCCUUCUACUGACUGCUGUGGGUGGGAAGGUGUUAGCUGUGACAACGGCAAUGGUCGUGUUACCCAGCUCUGGUUACCCUCUAGAGGUCUUGGUGGGAUCAUUUCUUCAUCGAUUGUCAAUCUAACCAGUCUGUCUAGCCUCAACCUAUCGCAUAACAGCCUAUCUGGUCCUCUGCCUACUGGGUUCUUCUCUUCCCUUCCCAGUCUCCAAACAGUUGAUCUCAGCUACAACAGUUUCUAUGGCCUGUUAUCGUAUCCAUUUGAUUCGUCUAAUGGUAAUAACAGCAUCCAAACACUGGAUUUAUCGAGCAAUAGAUUUCAUGGCCCCAUCUUGUCUGUCAGUAAUAACUCCUUCCUUCGUUUGACAAGUUUCAAUGUAAGCAACAAUACUUUAAAUGGUCAGAUCCCUUCGGACAUCUGUGCUAGUGUACUGGAUUUCUCAAACAAUGAUUUCACUGAAAAUAUUCCCUCGACACUAGGACAAUGCUCCAACCUCAAGAUUUUCCGAGCGGGUUUCAAUAAUCUCUCGGGGACGAUUCCUGAUGAUAUAUACGGCAUCACCUCGCUCCAACAGCUAUCCUUGCCUGUCAACAGUCUUUCCGGACACAUUGACGGCGUCGUUAGUCUAACUAACCUCACAGUCCUUGAUCUCUACUCCAACAAUUUCGAUGGCUUAAUACCACAGGAUAUUGGCAAACUUGCUGAAUUGGUUAGUCUGCAGCUUCACAUCAACAACUUCUCAGGUUCUCUGCCUUCCUCUCUGAGCAAUUGCAUCCGGCUGAGAGUCUUGAAUUUGCGGGUCAACCAACUAGGGGGAAAUCUCUCGGAUUUUGAUUUCUCCAAACUCCUGCAGCUUACCACCCUUGACCUCGGGAACAAUUUGAUCACAGGUAACUUGCCAUCCAGCCUUUAUUCAUGCAAGUCACUUACUGCUAUCAGAGUGGCCGGUAAUAAGCUGUCUGGAGAGAUCUUGCCAGACAUAGCUGCAUUGCAGGUUCUGUCUUUCCUCUCCAUUUCUAACAACAGUAUAAUCAAUAUCAACGGAGCACUCAGGAACCUAAUGGGUUGCAAGAAUCUCACUGCUCUCAUUGUUUCCAAAAACUUUUUGAAUGAACUUAUGCCAAAUGAUGACAGCCUAACGGAUGCAGAUGCAUUCCAAAAUCUCCAGGUUUUGGCCUUUGGUGGUUGCCAAUUAAUUGGCCAAGUGCCCACCUGGCUAGCUAAUCUGAAGAACCUCGAGGUAUUGGACCUGUCUGUUAACCAAAUCACAGGUUUCAUUCCCGGUUGGUUGGGUAAUCUGACCUACCUUUUCUACCUAGACCUGUCUAGUAACUUCAUUUCUGGAGAAUUUCCCAAGGAACUCACAAGACUGCCAGCGUUAACGUCAGGAGAGACUAAGCAUAAAGUGAAUCGCAGUUAUUUAGAGUUGCCUGUGUUUGUCAUGCCCAAUAAUGCUACCAAUCAACAGUACAAUCAGCUCUCUAGCCUACCUCCAGCCUUUUACCUGAGAAACAACAGCCUCAGUGGCAACAUCCCAGCUGAAAUUGGCCAACUGAAGUAUCUUCAUGUGUUGGAUCUAAGCAACAAUAAUUUCUCGGGCAAUAUUCCGGAUCAAAUAUCAAACCUCACAAACUUAGAGAAACUCGAUCUUUCUGGAAAUGAUCUAUCUGGUGUAAUCCCUGCCUCACUUAAAGGUCUCCAUUUCUUGUCCUCUUUCAGCGUGGCGAAUAACAGUCUUCAAGGACAAAUACCAUCAGGAGGCCAAUUUGACACUUUUUCAAGCUCCAGCUUUGAUGGGAAUCCAUGGUUGUGUGGUCCAAUAGUGCAGCGUUCUUGCUCUAAUCCAACGGCACCACCCCAUUCUGUUGCACCUCGUAAGAGCCCAAAUACAAGACUUAUCAUCGGACUUGUCCUGGGGACCUGUUUUGGCGCUGGCCUAUUUAUCACAGUGCUUGCACUGUGGAUAUUGUCCAAGAGGAGGAUCAUUCCAAGAGGUGACCUUGACAAGAUCGAGUUGGAAAUGCUUUCCAACAACUCUAACUAUGGGGUGUCUCCUGGACCUGGCAAGGAUGCAAGCUUAAUCAUAUUGUUCUCAAGCAACUGUAAUGAAAUUAAGGAUCUGACCAUAUCUGAACUCUUGAAAGCUACUGACAAUUUCAAUCAAGAAAACAUUGUAGGCUGUGGAGGUUUUGGUUUGGUUUAUAAAGCAGUAUUAGCAAAUGGUACCAAGCUGGCUGUGAAGAAACUCUCUGGAGACAUGGGUCUGAUGGAAAGAGAAUUUAGAGCAGAGGUAGAGGCUCUGUCCACAGCCCAGCAUGAGAACCUGGUUUCACUGCGAGGCUAUUGUGUGCAUGAGGGAUUUCGGCUACUGAUCUAUUCAUUCAUGGAGAACGGAAGCUUGGAUUACUGGUUGCACGAGAAAGCUGAUGGUGCAUCUCAGUUAGAUUGGCCAACACGACUUAAGAUUGUCAGAGGAGCAAGUCGUGGGCUGGCAUACAUGCACCAGAUAUGUGAACCACAUAUUGUCCAUCGUGACAUCAAGUCCAGCAACAUCCUCCUUGAUGAAAAGUUUGAAGCACAUGUUGCAGAUUUUGGACUGUCCCGAUUGAUUCUUCCUUAUCAGACUCAUGUAACAACAGAGCUUGUUGGUACCUUAGGUUACAUUCCUCCCGAGUAUGGACAAGCAUGGGUGGCCACUUUAAGGGGAGAUAUGUACAGCUUUGGGGUUGUCAUGCUUGAGCUGCUCACUGAUAAAAGACCUGUGGAGGUAUUCAAACCAAAGUUAUCAAGAGAAUUGGUUUCCUGGGUGCAACAAAUGAGAAAUGAGGGCAAACAAGACCAGAUCUUUGAUCCUUUCCUACGAGGAAAGGGAUUUGAUGAAGAGAUGCUUCAGGUUCUAGAUAUGGCCUGCAUGUGUGUCAACCAUAACCCUUUCAAGAGACCAACCAUCAAGGAAGUUGCGGAUUGGCUCAAGAAUAUAGGGACAACCGACAGGAAUGGAGAUAAAGGAUAGUGGAAUCAAGCUUCAUUACACAUGAUACCUACACAAAAUAUAUGAGAGUUGCCGCACAUCUUUUUCUUUUCUUGACAAUGUAAAUGAAAUUUUCAUGUUGUAUUGUUCUAAAGAUGUAUAGAAAACUACAUGAUUCACUGGUUAACUCAGCAAUUUAUAAGUGUUAUCUGAUAACGUAAGAAUGUACUAUAGUCUCUCAUCAAAUAGGUGCUGUUAAGAGCAAAACAGCUCUCUCCAACUACUGAGCAGCUCAGAUGUACUCUUCUUUGACAA